AGACCCAUCUCUCUACCCGUCCUCUCCUGCCGUCCACCCAUAAAAACUCAGUUUUCUCCUUAGAUAAUCCUUCGGUACAACGUUAUUAUACCUGUCAGAUGACUAUGCGAGACUGACUUCUCCCCUUUGCGUUUAUUAUUUAUUUCAAGCAAACAGCGAUCUGUAGGGUGUGAUAGGCUAUUCAUAGCCUAUGCAUCACUGCUCUCCCGGCGAGCGAGUUGUAGUCUGCCGAUCAGAUCGCUUCUCUUUGAAAUUGUAUUUUUAUCGCUGAGCUAUUAGGAUUUCAUCAUGCAGAAGAGAAGGAAGCCAGAGCCGAUCCAGUUGAACCCGAUUCCAGACGGGAACGCGAUCAACGGAACCGGGGCCACCGAAACAAACCUGGAAGCUCUGCAGAAGAAACUCGAGGAAUUGGAGCUAGAUGAGCAACAAAAGAAACGCCUAGAGGCUUUCCUCACCCAGAAGCAGAAGGUCGGAGAGUUGAAAGAUGAUGAUUUUGAGAAGAUCUGUGAGUUGGGUGCAGGAAAUGGAGGUGUGGUCUUCAAGGUCUUGCACAGACCCUCAGGUCUCAUCAUGGCCAGGAAGUUGAUCCACCUUGAGAUCAAGCCAGCAAUACGGAAUCAGAUCAUCAGAGAGCUGCAGGUCCUUCAUGAAUGCAACUCGCCCUACAUAGUGGGCUUCUAUGGGGCUUUUUACAGUGAUGGAGAGAUCAGCAUCUGUAUGGAACACAUGGAUGGUGGCUCUCUUGACCAGUCCCUGAAGAAAGCAGGCAAGAUCCCAGAGCAAAUACUGGGCAAAGUUAGCAUUGCGGUGAUAAAAGGGCUUUCCUAUCUGCGGGAGAAACACAAGAUCAUGCACAGAGAUGUAAAGCCGUCAAAUAUCCUGGUGAACUCACGCGGUGAGAUCAAGUUGUGCGACUUUGGUGUGAGCGGACAACUUAUUGACUCCAUGGCCAAUUCGUUUGUGGGUACCAGGUCCUAUAUGUCUCCAGAACGCCUUCAGGGGACUCACUACUCGGUUCAGUCCGACAUAUGGAGUAUGGGUCUGUCUCUGGUGGAAAUGGCCAUUGGACGCUUCCCUAUCCCACCACCUGACUCUAAAGAGCUGGAGCAAAUCUUCGGUCAGCCCCUCGAAGGGGACCCUUCACCUAGUGAGGCCUCCCCUAAACCCCGCCCACCAGGUCGACCCGGUAGCUCAUAUGGUCCGGACAGCAGACCUCCUAUGGCGAUAUUUGAGCUGCUUGACUAUAUUGUCAAUGAACCACCUCCCAAGCUGCCAAGCAUCUUUGGUGCAGAAUUUCAAGAGUUUGUUAACAAAUGCUUAAUCAAAAAUCCAGCAGAAAGGGCGGAUUUGAAGCAACUUAUGGUCCAUUCUUUCAUUAAGACCUCCGAAGCAGAGGAAGUUGAUUUUGCUGGGUGGCUUUGCAGCACCAUCGGUCUCAACCAACCAGCAACUCCGACACACAGCGUGGGAAUGUGAGAGCAUCCAUCCUUUUUUAAGCCAUACAAUUGAUAUACGCUCCCCAUCUGCAGUGUUUCAUCACCUGUAAAUCAAUCUAGAGGCCAAAAGCAAACUACUGCCUCCAUCCCAUCUUAUUUAAGAUGUCUUCGAGUAUUAACGUGUACAGCUGUAUUUAUCAAUGCAUCAUGCCUCUAGGAUGCUUGAAAUCUGUUCUGCCAAAUAUUGGUGGUCUAAUACCUUGAUUGCAUCCAGAGGGUUCUGAAUUACACAUUUCUUCAUGAGAUUCAUAUUAGAUACUUAUUUUAAUACUACAGAAAUGAGUUUCUGAAUACAAAUCUUUAAUCGCAUGCUGGUGUUAAAAAGUUAUUUUGGAUUUGCCAAACUGCUAUGGCACCUUCCCCUAAAUGUUUUAAGGUUUAUGUCUACACUCAGCUAGCCCUGUUAAUGGUCACCUUCUCAUUGUAAUGUUGUGUUUAUUUAAUUUCACAUGUUGUAGGUGGAGAGUAAACCAGUCGUGUAACUUAGAGAAACUUGUAUAUUGUAAUAAAAGGUUUAUUUAACAUGA